AGCUGAGCAGAGCGAGCGCCGCGCACCCCGCAGUGUCCCGGUACCCGUCCUGCCCGCCGCACAAGCAGCGCAGCCUCUCGCCGAUUGUAUGGUCCAGGCCUCGAUGAGGAGCCCAAACAUGGAGACGUUCAAGCAGCAGAAGGUGGAGGAUUUUUAUGACAUUGGAGAGGAGCUGGGGAGCGGCCAGUUUGCCAUCGUGAAGAAGUGCCGGGAGAAGAGCACAGGGCUGGAGUAUGCGGCCAAGUUCAUCAAGAAGAGGCAGAGCCGGGCCAGCCGUCGGGGCGUGUGCCGGGAGGAAAUCGAGAGGGAGGUGAGCAUCCUGCGGCAGGUGCUGCACCCCAACAUCAUCACGCUGCACGACGUCUAUGAGAACCGCACCGACGUGGUGCUCAUCCUCGAGCUAGUGUCCGGAGGAGAACUGUUCGAUUUCCUGGCCCAGAAGGAGUCGUUGAGUGAGGAGGAGGCCACCAGCUUCAUUAAGCAGAUUCUGGAUGGGGUGAACUACCUUCACACAAAGAAAAUUGCCCACUUUGAUCUCAAGCCAGAAAACAUUAUGUUGUUAGACAAGACAAUCCCCAUUCCACACAUCAAACUGAUUGACUUUGGCCUGGCUCAUGAAAUAGAAGAUGGAGUUGAAUUUAAAAACAUUUUCGGAACACCGGAAUUUGUUGCUCCAGAAAUCGUGAACUAUGAGCCCCUGGGACUGGAGGCCGACAUGUGGAGCAUCGGUGUCAUCACCUACAUCCUACUAAGUGGAGCAUCCCCCUUCCUGGGAGACACGAAGCAAGAAACACUGGCAAACAUUACAGCUGUGAGUUAUGACUUUGAUGAGGAAUUCUUCAGCCAGACAAGUGAACUGGCCAAGGACUUCAUUCGGAAGCUUCUCGUGAAGGAGACACGGAAACGGCUUACCAUCCAAGAGGCUCUCAGACAUCCCUGGAUCAUGCCGGUGGACAACCAGCAAGCCAUGGUGCGCAGGGAGUCCGUGGUCAACCUGGAGAACUUUAAGAAGCAGUAUGUCCGCAGGCGGUGGAAGCUCUCCUUCAGCAUCGUCUCCUUGUGUAACCACCUCACCCGCUCCCUGAUGAAGAAGGUUCACUUGAGGACAAGCGAGGACCUGAGGAACUGCGAGAGUGACACAGAGGAGGACAUCGCCAGGAGGAAAGCCCUUCACCCCCGGAGGAGGAGCAGUACCUCCUAACUUGCCUGGUUUUCAGUGGCUGCCAGGGAAGUCCACGUUCCUUGUGUUCCUUCUAUGCAAGUUCUUGGACCCUGCUUGUCACCGGUACCCAGACCUUCUGUGUUCCUGAGCACAAGAGAGAGGAGUCUGCAGGACUCAGAACUUUCAGGAGACCCUGGGAGCAUUGGCUGUCUCCUGCUGAGGAGUCUCCAGCAUUCUCCAAGCUCUUAGAUCUCCAGGAAACUGGCAGUCAUCUGUCUGCUAACUUCGGAAGCUGGGAUGGGGUGUGGACUGAGGGAAUGGCUAUAAAGGAGUGUCAUCUUCACCACAGGUUAAAGUCAGGUUUCGGCAGCUUUCCUUACUCGGUGACAUCGUUCAGAACCAGCCUUGGCAGCCAUCAUAGCAGGAAGACAGAAGCCGCCCCUAUCAGGACACACGCGUGAAGAGAAUUUCUAGAGUGAGGGACCAAUCUUGUGACCUCCCAGAAUUCACAGGAGUCAGGAUGUCCAACGUCAGACUGUACAGCAGCCUCUUGUCAGCCUACUGUGUUGUGAUU